UAUUGAUACGAUGUUUAGAACUCGCGGAAUCUGCAACUGAGUAGUGCAACAAUGCGCCUUUUGGGUCGCCAUUUACGUCGCAACAACCAUCACAUCACCGAUGUAUGCUGUCCGACAAGGGAUGCGAAGUAGAAAUGCGUUUCUCUUUGUCCAAACACGCCUUGAGUGUUUUAAAGUGGAUUGUGAAUAGUGUUAAGAUAUUCCUCAUAUAAAACGCGGUACGUAAAGCCUCUAAAGGAUCUGGUUUAUGCGAUUUUUGGUUACAUUUGAGCAUCGUUUGAGAAUAUAAUUUCUCGAGUUCAAGCUUUGAAAAUUUAUCAAAAAUGCAGGUGUUUACAAAUAACGAGCUGCUGCAAUGAAAAAAUAUUUUAAAUGAGAAAACUCGCAAAAUGGCUUUGGCAAUUAUGUAAUUCCUGAUAUCUUACGUAAAAGUUUCAUGCUAUUUCGUAAUUCUAAGGUGCUUCACAAAAUGGUGGCUGUGGUAUGUCAUCUCGUAUGUGCUACUAUUGGUUGGCCAACGCCCAUUUGGCGUUGCGUGCGCAGUUUCCGGAAGAAGCUGAUACCAGUAUACUUUUUGUUCAUAAAACUACUUUUCCUAUUUAUUUAAACAAAACCCUACAUGGUGAACAAAAGAGUAAAUAUUUUUGUUUUGAUAAAAUCUUUAUUGCGCUGCAUUGUAAUAAUUAAAAGUAGGAGAAUUAUUUCAUGGCCAAAUAAAAAUAGCCAGGAUUUGCCUCCGCGUUAGUCGCCAUCUUGGAUUUUUCUUUUCCGCGUACUCAGUUGUGGGAUAGUCGUGUUCGUGAAUGAACGUCUAUGGAGAGCUGAACACAAUUUGACAGUCUUCUGAGUAUAAAAUUAUCCGAAAGAAUUUACAAACGACACAAUGAGGAGGUUCAACGUAUUAAAGAAGUAUGAUGUCGUGAGCAAGUUCGACAAAGUUGACAUGUUCGGCAGAACUCGCCGGUUCAGAAGAACACCUAGUCCACAUGCAACUGAGCCUGCAUUGCUGUGUAACUUUGACGAAGACGAAAAUUCAGAUAAACCUCCACCUUUCGAUCAGACUCGCCCUGCUGCUACAGCGACCAAAGGUAGAGUUGAAACCGAGGAAGAAAAACCUACCAACAAGAUCGAUGUGUCUCAAUAUAUCGAAACCAUAAAUCUAGCAGACAUUGAAUUACCACCCGAAAAUCCAAAGAAAAGCAAGAAGCACAAGGACAAGAAACACAAGUCAGAAAAAAAAGACAGGUCUGAACGGAAAAGACAUAAAGAAAAGAAACACAGGGAGAAACAUGAAAAAGAAAUUCGUGCAUGUCAGGAUAGUCUCGACAAGAGAUUAGCGAAUGUAAAUUUUAACGAUGAUGCAAAUAACUUCUUGCUAACGAUAGAAACUGGAAGGACCUUUAUGCACGAUCAUAUGGACGACUUAUCGAAGUCGAUGUCUGAGGAUAUUGAUUUGGAUGCGCAUCAGCUCUUAGGUAGUGACGACGAAGAAUACGACAGAAGGUUCUCGGAUGUAAAAAGGUAUAUUCCAUUCCUGGAGAUGAUGAUUGAAAAGCAUCGUCAAAUGAAUGAUCUGAAGUCUCUGAAGAAGAUGGAAUGUCUCUAUGAAGUACUGACUCAGUCCAAGAAAAAGUUGAAAAUGGAAACUUUACAAAGAUGUGAAGACGUACUGGAGAAAUUAUAUCACAAAGUAGGAGAGGUACUGAGAGAAGAAACCAAUAUAGAAGCACCCAAUGACGAUAGUCUUUCAACUGUUUCAUCAUCGCUCCGUAACACACGAUUUCACCAAAUCGGCAAUUUGGACGCCACUUUUGAGGAAGGAGGUAUGAGUCCAAUGUCUAGUCCCUCGUCUAGUCCAACCCCUCCGUUUAGUCCUAACGAUAGUUUCGUUCCUGUCGACGAUGACAUUGAUAAUGACGCUAUUAUCGAACACUUGGAAAGUCAAGCUGAAAGUCCUGAAGAUGGCGAAAUUUUUGAUGCGUCAGAGAAUUCAAACGAUGACACGGACGAUAAUUCAGUUCAGUCGAUCAGCCGCGGGGCGAUUCCACAGUCCUCGAAGCGUGAUAGUGACAUGAGUAUUGACGAAGAAUGGGAAAUGCUCGAGGAAAAACCAUCAUCACCCAAACAAGAUAUGCACACUUGGAAACCAAUAAUUGUCACUGGUCACGACGUGGUAACAGCAGCAAAACUCGUCGGCAAUAAUAUUUCCAAGAGAGCCGCCCCUGUUCCUAGACCUUAUACUCCACCUCCAAAACCAGUAGAAAAUAAACAGCUGGACGAAGUUUUUGUGGAUGAUGAUAGUUAUGAUAGUUUUGAUGCUGAUCUGAAUGACACGAAUCCUCGAACAGAUUCCCCUUUGAAUGUUCCAGAAAUGGGCCUUCAGUCUCCAGACCCUGAACUUUUCUGCGAAGAAAGAUCUAAUUCGCCGAAAAAGCCGGAAGAACCUCCACAACCUGUGCCUCCGCCUGCAAUUCAACCGAUUGUAGCUCCACCGAAAGUAAAUGAUAUACCAUUAAUUUCUAUGGCAGAUUUAGAGGACUUGAUAAAAAAUCAAAGUAAGAUUUUGAAAGACGGAUUUCAACAGCAGCAGCAGACUAAAGAUGAGAAGGAUGCUGAAAAGGAGAAAGAGGCAGCCAAGGCUCAAGAACUUGAAACAGUAACACCUAUACGUAGAAAGCAAACCGGAAACGUAAAGAUAGCUCCUAUGACUCUCAAACUAGAUGCCUUUAUUACUGGUGCCAAGGACCGCAGUCCUUCGCCUGAAGCUCCCGUCGAUCCGCGAAUACGCGCGAGAAUGUUAAAGGAGAAAAAUUUGGACCCAAGGCUGGCAAAGGACAAGGCUGUAAUUCCUCCUCGACCACCUGUAGGGGAUUUAUAUUCUCUUCAUGAUUUUAAUAUAAACCCGGCUACACUUUCUGCACUUUCGAGUCCAAUUCAUACAACGCCUGUUACCCCUGCAAACGAUUAUAACCCUGCGGGAAGCGGUAAUCAGUGGAAUUACGGGUCAAAUAUUCCUAUGCCAGGCACGCCAAAUCCUUAUGGAAUGCCCAGAGAUUCAAAUAUGCAUACAGAUUCGUGGGACAUGAAUCCAACUAUAAACCCUAAUUUGAAUCCUAACAUGAAUAUUAACAGGAAUCCGAAUAUGAAUCUGAAUAGGAAUCCAAAUAUGGCUCAGAAUGCUGGUUACGCUAAUAACGUAAUGCCACUCAUGAGACCUGCUGCUCCUUAUUCUGCUUAUGAUUCUCAAAUGAAUUAUCCACAACAUCCUCAGCAUCCACAACGUCAACAAUAUCCGCACGGUCCAUCUCCUCUCGAUAACUUUAACACCAACUCGAUGCAAUACGGACACCAAAACCCUCCAUCUUGGAACAGGCCUUGCGAUGCCAUUAGAAAUCAUCGACAAGUUCUCAAUAGAGAUCCUCGAUCUAUGAGUAACUUGCGAGACGUUCACCGACCAGAGUGGGAUCGAGAGAGACAAUCUGAUUGGGACUGGGAUAGGGACAGGCAAUCAGACUGGGACAGGGACAGGCAAACGGACUGGGAUCGGGAAAGACUACAAGAACGGGAAAGACUACCAGAGCGAGAGAGGCACAACGAUUGGGAUAAUCGAAAUCGAUUCAGCAGGGAUCCUCGAAUGAGAUUAGAACCUUUAGUUUCGAGCCCUAAUCAAAUCAAAGAAGUAGCGAAAGAUACAAGUACUGUCAGAGAUCAAACAGCUGCAAAAGAUCAGACUACUACAAAGGAAUCAACUACUACAAAAGAUUCUACAAUUUCAAAAGAUGUAAUUGUUAUAAAAGAUUUAAAUACUACAAAAGAUUCCACUAGUCCAAAAGAUUCAACAACGAAAAAAGAUUCAACUAAUUCGAAAGAUUCAACUACGACAAGGGAUCUCACAACGAAAAAAGAUCCAAGAUUAGCAGCAAAAGAAAAGCCGAAAGCAGUAGAUAAAGAAAAGGAGUCAAAGAAAGCAGAUGCCAAGGAUUUACACAAAAGUUCCAAGAGCUCCAGCAAAUCUGAUUCUCGAAACCCGAAGGAAAAAGAAAGGAGCAAAAGUAAAGAGAAGUCUCGUAAGUCAGAAUCAAGAAGACGACAGGAAGCUGAGAAAGGAGAUAAACCGCAAUCCUCUCUGGAAAAUCUCUAUGGUGUUGUUGAUACUAAAGCAGCUGCUGGUCAGCAAGUCUUGCAGAAAUUUAAAAUUCCUAAGUUGAAGAAGCCAGGGCCUGUAUCAUCUCCGAAAAUAACUACCUCGACGGAUACGAAGAGUUCUAGACACGAGGAUUUGAAAAGUAGUUUAAAAAAUGAUGACUCGAAGAGUAGAGAUCGAAAGGACAAAAUUUUACAAAGCAAGACUAGUUCAAGAAAGGAUAGAGAGAAGGAUAAAGAAAAAGAUAGAGAUAAGGAAAAAGACAAAGAGGAUAAGGAUAAAAAGAAGGCAAAGAAACAAGAGGAAGUUGUCGAACCUGCGAAGACUAAGGAACAAGAAGCGACGGCAUCAUCUGAAGCCGAAAAAUCUCGCCUAAAAACUGUCGAGGAUUUGAAAAAUUUCAUAAAUAUGAUAAUUAUGCAAGAAGGUGGAAGGAAAUUGUUGAAGAAUGAAAAAAUGUACGAGAAAUUCAAGAAGGUCUUUGAAAAUGAGGAAUUGAGUGAGUUCAGGCAGUUGGUUCAAUCAGAUUCGGAUGGUUCCGAUUCUGGUAAAAAUGAACGAGUUACGAAGAAGAAGAAACCUAUGAUGAAGAAGAGACGAGUGAUUGAAUCUGACUCUUCUGACUCCGAAGGAGAACCUCUUGCCAAGAGAAUAGAAAAAGUAGAACCACCUAUGAACGAAGAAAAAGAGGCCGAGGAACCAAAGAUGCGUAGGAAACUGAGAAAGAGGCCUGGUGCAGCGAAAGAACCUGAGGAGGACGCGGAUAAGGAAUCUAAAAAAGAAACAAAAGAAGACACAAAGAAAGUAGAAGGCGAAGAUGUGGCAAAAAAAGAUGAAAAAUUAAAGGGUUUAAAAGAACAACCUGAACUAAUAAAAGAGGGAGAGACCAAGGAAUCUAACGAAUCCCUUAUUGCGGAACCUACAGCUCCAAAGACGAGAGCAAAACCCAGAAGAAAAAAUUCUCUAGAGAGAUUACAGGAAGACUUGAAGGAUUACAUCAGUUCAGGAAUCAUAACCGCUGGUCAAAGGACCUGUAGAUUGGCUAAAGAAUCGCAAGCAGUAACAACAGCUACUACCACUGCUAGUCCUAAUUCUUCCAAUCUUGCCAGCGAAAGUGCCAAGGAAUCGGCCGAAAUAAAUGAGCCAGUUAAGUCUAAAACAAAAAAUAAAGCUGGACCUAAAUGUGCAAAGAAGACAGUUUCCAAGGAGUUUGUGUCAAAUUCAGAGGCCGAGGAAGAUCAGCCUUUAGCUGUUAGAAAGGAACCAGUCAAGAAGAAGAAAAUGUUAGGACCUAAGAGUAAACGACAAGCCAGCGACUUGGCGCUAGAGCCACAUAUUCUCCUCCAGAGAGCCGACAUCUUGACUCUAGAAGAAGUAGCUAAAGCGAAUGAAAGUUCGUCUGAUGAAAGCUUUAGUGUGGAUGCUUCAGAGAUAACAGUCUCUCCCGAUAGUCCAACUGUUGACCACUCUAAGGAAGAAAUAACUAAGAGACCAAGGACGAGGUCUGGUGCAGCUGCAAGAAAAAAGAUUAUGCCUCUUUCUAAUAAGGAAGAUGAAGCACAGGCUACUGAUGACGAGAGUCUCACUUCUGAUAUUUCUUUGUCGAGCAGUGUUGCCUCGAAGAAGGCAGAUGAGAUGGCUAAAACUUCCCAGCAAUUACUUGAGAAAGGUGGUGAAGUUGCGGAGACGGUAGAAGAUUCUCCACCUACUGAUAAAGUCAGGAAAAAACCGCCACCGAAAAAGAAGAAAAAGAAAAGUGCUUGGCGUUUGGGUAUUGUUUCCAAGGCAAAGAGGAGGAAGAAGCAGCUUCAAGCACAAGCGAAGCAAGUUGCUCUCUUGCAAUCCGAAGAAACUGCCAUCAGAAGACCUUCGAUAGAAGUUGUGGAGGAUCAUGAAGUCACACAACAAAUGCACUGUGCCGAUGUCACGCCGACUGUGAAAGCUGAGCCCGAUCAUCCUGAGGAACAAGAACAAAAGGAUUCUUCGAGUACCAAGGAAAAGGAAACAGUUGUAAAGCAGGAAAUAAAAUCGGAGGAUUUGGAUCGCAUUGUGAAGAAAGAAGAUUCGAUCAUAGAAGUUGAAUCACCAGACGAAAGUGAUUUGAAGAUAGUAGACGACAGCGUGAAUAACCAAGUACUUCCAAUCAACGUGGACGUCAGUCAGUUAAUCGAUUACGUCUGCUAUGGUCAGGAAAAGGCCAAGUGUUUACUUUGCUUAUUCUCUGGAAAGACUAUCGUUCAUCAUUACAAAACAGUUCAUCCAGAUAAGGAAGUAUCAGUUUCGCGACUCAAAGCUUUGGAAGCGAAAUGUGCGGUCCAGGAAUCAAACGACAACGAUUUCGAGAAAACUUGCCUUCUUCCGACAAAUAAGAAAGACUACCAUUUCAGCUGUAGGUUCUGUCCUUAUAAAAUCAAGGGUAGAAAAGAGGAAUCUAUGGAGUCUGCUUACGAACAUGUUACUUCACACACAGGCGAAUAUAGGUUUAAAUGCAUUGAGUGCAAUUACCAAUCAAUCGUGAGAUCUACAAUAAAGAUGCACUACUACAAGAAUUGUAAGAAGCUUGGAAGAACUAUUCACGAAGCGGUAGUUGAACAAAAGGUCCCGCAAGAAAAUCGUCUCUAUGGAUACAUGUGCUCGUUGUGUAACUUCGUACAGCUUAGAUUGAACAAUGUGGAAAAUCAUAUAAAAACCUGGCACAUGCAUGAACCCAGUACUAAGAUUGUGAAGAUAAAUAUGUCUCUGGAUGCACCUGGUGAGAACGUUGUAGACGUUCCAGAGACUUCAGAGAAAGCUGUCGAAAUUUCGCUCCCGGAAGAGGAAGCUGAAAGCACAAACGUAGAGAAGAGAAGCACAAGAUCAAGUAGAAGAAACAGGGUUGAAGCGGAGGAACCGCAAGUUACUUUGCCUGAUCAUUUGGAUGCUGAGGUAGAGAAAGAAGAGGCAGAGAAGGAAGCUAGAAAGAGUAACUUGAGCGCUUUCGUUUGUCCUCCUGAGUAUGAAAAGAAGGAUAAAGAACUCGAGCUCGAGAGGAAGAAGAAAAUGCAGGAAAUAGUGGAAAACAUGGGCAUUAAAGUCAAUAAGAAUGAGGCGAAGAAGGGACUCUCGAUUAUCGACAAACUUAAGGAUAGAAUGGACACGACUGAAGAACCUCAAAGUGCUGAAAGCGAUUUUAGAGGCGAUCUAGAUUCACCUGAAUCUAAUUUGAGGAUCGUUGAGUCCUUGAAUGAGGAAUCAGAUAAUUUAUUAUGUGCAGAAUCGCUAUCUAAUGCUGAUAUUUCUGAUUCUCGAGAAGUUCUAGACGUGAGUGAGAAAGAUAAGUCAUCGAAGUUGAAGGAUCCUUUAGAUGUUGAGAAUGAACCUCAGGAAGAUGAAGCGAGCGAUAGUGAGCAUCCAAGUUUGCGAUAUGAAUAUGAAUCCAGCUCUGAAAAUGAAGAUGCGACUGAUGUUAAUGACUUGCUGAAGGAAACUACUGACAUCAGGAAUCAGUCUAAUGAUUCGAUGGUGACAACUAUUCAGAGGCUUGCUGCUCAGAUUCAGAGUUCGAAACCUUUAGAGUCUACGGGUGCUGAGAUGGCUGCUGAUGAUGCAGCAAAUUCGGAUAAAAGUUCUUCGAGAAAGGAAAUUCCGAAGGCACCUGAUGUGCUACCAAUUACAUCUUUCAAGAGGAAAUCACUAUCAGGACUACAGAAUCUACCGCUGGUUCAAGAGGUCCAGAGUCUAGAAUCGAGGAUGGAGGGUUCAAGUCCACCAAAGUUGUUCUUGAGACCAAGACGUUUUAGUGGAGAUAUGCUUUCUGUCCCUGAACCUCCUACAGAAACACCGGAGGCUACUUCUCCUGUUGCUGCAGUGCCAAUUACUGAUAAUACUGACACCGAAACAUCAAAACCUCCAGCAACUCUGAAUAUUGCGACUACAGAUAGUGAUUCUUUCUUGAAGAUUUCAAAUAUCAUGAGCUUAGCUACACCCAAUGAAAAUGAAACUCCUGCGAUGAGCGACAUUCGAAAGGCAGUUGAAACUUCUAAUCUAAAAUUCUCAGGGCUCUCUGUCUUGAAAAAGAAUGGUCCCUUAAUUUUAAAGAGAGUAAAAAAUCCGCCUAGUCAUACACUGUCAAAUCAAACUAUAAGAGCAGUCAACCCCAAUUCGCACGAGACUGUUAAGUUGAUUCCGAUCAACAUAACGCCCACAUCAUCGGCUUCGCAAAGCAAUUAUUUGCCCAUAAUGAGUCCGGCGACUUUCAAAAAUUACAUGGAUGGUAAAAAGGUGUCAAUACCAGCUUCUUCUCGUGCUAAUGCAAGCCCCACCAAAUCUGCCACACUUACUUCUAUCCCUAUUUCCAAAGCUACCACAAUUGGUUCCCUUACCAAAACAGGCACCUUGACUCCCGUAACCAUAGCACCUAAUUUCUCGAUAAACAACGCACUCCAAAAUUGCGCCUAUACUCCUAUCAAGCCCAAUCCCUUCCCUUCCAUUAAAGCUGGUACCAUUACUGCCAUCAAACCUGGCACCGUGACUCUUAGUAAAACAAGUAAUGUCGUUACUUCCGCAACUUCACCAAACCGGAAGCUCGUGACACUUGUCGGCCCUAACACGCUUUUGAAGCAAAAAGAGCAAGGGCCUCAGUACGCUAUUAAAAUGAAGAAUAUGGCAGCUUACAACGAGAUGAUGAAGCCUGAAAAGCUAAGACAGCUUUACAAGUGUAUGGGACGGGAAUGUCCCUACACAACAGACUAUGUUGACAAUUUUCGGAGGCAUUUUGAUAAGCAUUCUACUAGUUACAAUGUAAAUAGCACUGGUUUAGUGCCGUUUGACUUUAAGAAGUGUGCGUAUUGCUACAUGACUGCCGGUGAUUGGUUCCAAAUGGAAAAACACUAUGAGGAGAAACAUGCGUACUGCGAGUUCCAGUGCAGUUAUUGCUUUUAUAGAGCCGUUACUCAGGCAUACGUUGAAAUCCACCAGGCAAACGUUCAUCCUAAAAAGCCUGUGGCAGUUCUGCAAGCUAGUGCCACAAACCAUCCUCGACCCCAAGUAGAAAUCAAUCGCGCUGAACGUGUAAAACCCUUCGUUUGCCAAAAUGAUUGCAAUAAGUACUUUUUUGUACCGGAAGCAUUUUUCGUCCAUUUAAGGUUAAAACAUGCCUCACUCUCAGUGUAUAAGUGCCAUUUGUGUAAAGUGGCUAGUUACACGCCGGACCAACUUAUUGAGCAUUACAAGAACCACGGAAUCCUAAAGUACCAGUGUUUAUACUGCAACCAUGGCACCGAAAAUAUGUCCGAAAUGCAUCAUCAUCUCAGCUCCAAUCAUUGCAACCAGAAGCCUAUUUUACUUGAAAGAACUCUGCCUCCACAGCCUACGAAAACGAGAAGCGCCAUCGACCAGCUACUUUUGCGAAAUGCAGAAGAACAGUACACAUCAGUUUCAAAAGUUAUCGGAAUAUCCGAUAAAAUUCCAGCCAAUUUGGAAUCAGAUGCGACUAGGGACGCAAAUGCUUUAGCCCGUGUAAAACCUUUGAGUGAAAAAGCAGAGUCGAGCAAUUAUGUAAUAUCAGUAGCACCCACUCGAUCUAACAGCCCCCCGACUAUCCAAAUAAUAGCUACUGAAAGCCUAGUGAACAACGAUAAUGCGUUGAAAACUGAUUCCCCAUUCCGGAAAAUGACUGAAAGUAUUUCCCGGGCAGAAAAGAAUCGCGACUCGAUGAAUCAGUUGAAGGAAUCUGAUAAGCUUUUGAAAUACAAACAGCAAAACCCACAGAAGGUUGCUAAAAGUACAGUGGAUGCUCUCGGAAUCUUGCAGGAUAUCAGCACUGAGGAUGAGUUUAUAAACAUGAAUUUGCUCGACAACCCGGAGUUUUUAAAGACUUGUAAUUCUACAUCAAAAAAUAAUGCGUCAUUAGACGACGAUGAUAGUGAUAUAGAAAUAAUAGAAGACUGUGGAAGGCCUGGAAGUAGAGAUGCAACUGUGAAUCGAGAAUCUCCAACAACUCCUGAUAUAAAACCCAAGGACCUGCAUUUGCUUUUAGUUGCGGAUAACUCAGACAUCUCGAAUGAAGCUUCUAAUUUCGAUGCUCGAAGUCCAUUAAAGAGUAAUAGUUAUUUAACUCUAGAUGACAUAAAACACACUGGCUUCACUGGAAUGGAUUUGUACAAAUGUGGAACUUUGAACUGCAACUACUCGGCUCCGAAUUCUGCCACUCUGAGGAACCACAUCAAAGAAUGCUGUGUUGUUAAUGUCCCCGCUAGUUUCAAUAAUUCUGUCAACUUCCAAUGCACUCAUUGUCGGAAGGCCUUCCAAAAGAUCGGAUUCUUUAUGGACCAUCUGGAGAUUCACGGUCUGAGGCGAUUCAGCUGUGCUAUUUGCGGGGAUAGAUUCGCGGUACAGAAUCAAGCAUUCGCUCAUCUGAACACGAAGCAUAAGCUCAAAAGUUACAGGCUUCUUCCUGCUGAUCCUAAAAAUCCCUCUGCUGAGGGUCUAUUUGUUAUGUACCCCGUAUAUAAAGGAAAGAAGAAGAUUCCGGCUCCCAAGUUUGUAGAGAAGGAAAGUCCGAAAUCCGUCGAGUACGACACUUUGACCUUCUCGCCUAACGAAAUCGACCUUCUUCCUCGACAAGCGAUUUACAAUCGGGAGGUGCAGUGUGCCGUUUGUCGUUUUACAACUAAGGUUCGAACUAAUAUUAUCAGACAUUUGCAGCUUCAUGCUAAAGACGAAUCUGUUCCUGAAACCGGGCCUGUCAAUCCCGUUCCGUGUCUGGACAAGAGGGAAAAGAUGUUUGAUAAGAUGGUAAACCUCGCGAGCAGUUCGCACCAGAAUGGAAGAAUGGGAGCGAAAACAAAAGAAUCUAGUGUUCAACCUGAAGAUGAAACGCUGCCGAGGUAUGUUCCUGAGAAUAAAAGAUAUGUUUGCGGCAUUUCUGAAUGUUCGUACUUAACUGUUAACGAAGGGAUGUUACGGUAUCACCUCAAGGCUUUGCACUCUGAGGAACCCUUCUUCAAAUGUACUCAUUGUAAAGCUCAAGGACAAGAUGCUCAAAAUAUUGUGAUCGAGAAAAUGGGAGUACAUUUGAAGAUGCACGACUCGAAGCUUUAUAAAUGCUCGCACUGUAAUUAUUUUCAUUAUCAAAGAUACGUUGUGGAGCGACAUCUUGGUGACAAACAUCCGGAGAAGAGACCCUUUGUUAAAGUGAUAAGAGAGUUUGAAUCUAAUGAAAGCUCUCAGUCUUCUCCAUUAGAAGAAAAUGAAGACGAAACUCCGGAUCCGGAUGGAAAUCACUGGAAGUGCAACGCCUGCGAUUAUAAGUGCGUUUACAAAGCGGAAAUGCAAACACAUGUUGGAAAUGAGCAUGACGAGAGAAGCCAGUAUAAAUGUACAGCUUGUCCGUUUAGAACGAACGGAAAAAUUCAGCUUGAUCAGCAUAUUAAUACGAAACAUGCAAACGAUCCUGAGGUGGAUCAUCAGAUGGUCUAUCAGAGGAUCAAAGGAACGAAAAAAUUGACGGAUCCGGUGGAGCAGGGAACUCCGGAGGAACCUUUUGAUACGACUCCACUUUGGCGCAGAGAUAUGCCGAGGGUGAAACAUAUUCGGGGAAUUCUUAUUGAGGAGGAACCUGCUUCAAAAGCCAGUUCUGCGAAUUCAACUACUCCUGAAAAGUUUGGGAAGAGGAAGAGCGAUACGGAUAUUUCGGCGAAGCCAAGUAAAGUUAAGUGCAUUAAACCUGUUGAAACGGAUAAUAAUGAGUCUCAGAGAGGACAGUAUGGUUUCUAUGGAAAUCCGGAGGGUUCUUCGUACGAGUGUACGAUUUGCAAUCAAUUCAAGACGAAAUACAAACAUGAUAUGAGGGAUCAUCUGUACAGAGAGCUGAAGUACGUCAGAUUUCAUUGUAAGACGUGUGGAUUCGUAUCGGUAAACAAGAAUUCAUUGGCGAGACACUGCAGCAAAAAUCACGAGGGUGAAGUUCCGAAUUGUGAAAAUCUAUCUCCUGACCCAAGUAUUGAAGAAUGGGUCAUGACAUUAUUGAAGCGCCAAACGGAGGCAAUUAGAAGGAAUCUGGAAAAAUUAAACCCAGAGUCUGGUGGACCAGGAAGUUCUAAAUCGGCCAGUCCUUCGAAACAAAUGACUCCGAGAUCACCAGGAAAGGCUCUUCUCAAUACUUCCGGUUCCGUGUUUCUAGGUUCGGAAGAUGAAAGUGAUGAGAAUAAUGAAGAACCAAGUGACGAGGAUGUGCCCGAAGUCGUUGGCGAAGGUUCAUCAAGUGGCCAACCGAAGAUUCUUGUCCUAAUCUGCAAGCAUUGCAAACAAAAGUUCAACAGCAAACGUGGUUUCAAGAUGCAUGUGAGAAAGCAGCACUUGAAACAGUACAAAUUCCUGUGCCCUCUUUGCGAUCGCAGUGCAAACUUGGAAUCCCAUAUCCAGCAACACAUUAAGUCGAAGCAUCCUACUCGCUUAGUGAAACCAGUACCCAAUCCAUCUAGUAACGCCAAUGAUACCGAACUAACCGAUGAAUUCUGGCAAAGGGAGUACCAAGUACCCCCUGGCAAAGAGAAAAGAGGACAAAAACGUAAAGCAAACUUUGAAGAGGUCCCCGAAAAAAGGUUGGAAGCAAACGUGAUAGAUGAUACAUUCGUUUGUGUGCAGUGCAACUUCGUAUCAGCGACCCUGCAGGGCCAUCUUUCCCAUCAGAAGACCCACAAGCUACUUUACAAGUGCGCUUAUUGUAGUUACACUGACAUGGUUAAGAUCGAUGUAAGAAGACACUCGAAAUCUGAUCAUCCGCACUUAUCGCCUAACGUAGAAGAAAUCCCAAUCACUGGAAAUGCCAGUCAAACAUUUACUUACUGGUGCUCAUACUGCAGCGUACGCUGCAAAACGCACUUUGCUAUGAAGAAACACUGGACUAGGGCUCACAAGGAUCCAAAGCCGAAUGAAGGAGCCAAGUGGAAGACAGGACCUUUCAAGUACACUACUGUUGUUCAAUCAGACACCGGAGACAUGGAGAUUGUCACAUCGUCGCCAAGUGCUCCAGGGAAUGAAUCCGAGGAUUUAUUAGGUCCUAGUGACGAAAAAUGGACCUGUGAGUGGUGCAAUGAAUUGUGCGCCAAUAGGAAAGAGGUGGACAUCCAUCAUAGAGCCUUCCAUUCGCAUCUACCGCUCAAGUGUAAACCGGCGGAUCCACUUCAGAUUCCAGAAGACUACCGGUGUCCAGAAUGCAGUUUCGAGGCGAAGACCUACGAGUUAAUGUACAAGCAUAUUAACAAGCACAUUAAAAUGUAUAAAUGCAAGUACUGCGAGCAAUCCUUCUGCGAGCCUAAUCAGGUGACGCUCCACGCUGAACAAGUCCAUCCAAGAGUAGAGCCUAAGAUAGAAAGUGUCGAGAAUUACGAAGAGCAGCUCAAUGAUAUGUUGAGUAGAAUAACUGGUGGAUCGGGUUUCGAAUUAGAGCCUUCGGAACAUCAAUCAGUUGCGAAGAAAUCCACCGCUAGACCCAUCGUUCGAGUUCGACCCUUCCCUAAGAAACUGAAAUCCGUCGCGAGAAAAUCGACGAAUCCCUUGCCGCGAUACCCCCCAGGUAUGAAGUUCACCAACGAGCAUGCAAAGACUAGAGGGAUUUCCCAUUACGGUGUUCCAAAAGAUCCCAUAGACAUGGGGUCUAUUAAUACUUACAUGGUAGUUGGCGGUCAUCGAAUGCCGGUUAAUUGUUUAACGCUUUCCCAACUUAUGGACAUAGAUCCUCAAGUGGUCGUUGUAGAUAUAAAAAAAAGAUUGAACAGUCAAUCAAAUGUUUAGUCUAACUUUUGUGACUAAAGAGCUCAAAUGUCAAACGUCUUAGUUUCUGUUAUCAAGAAAAAAAAAUAGUGACUUGUGAGUGAAGUUAAUUGUUUAUCAAAAUAAAUUUCCGUUAAUCGAGCAGGUGGAAAGUACGAUUGGAUCGACUCGCAGCUUUUAGCAAGAAGAGCCCGAAUCGAUCCAGUUGCAUUUUCUCAGAUGUAGUUUUGAGGUUUGAUUAUCUCGUUAUUUUUUAUUUAUUGUGUUUUUCGUUCAGUUUUGAACUCUGUUUGAACCUAAACGUAUUGAGGUACUUUUAGUUCCAUUAGUCCUUUUUAAUUGACUUUUUACCCGAAUCUUGGCUACGUCAAGACUUUCUUUUCAUAUAAUUUCUCUCUGUGCUAUAUUAGAAACUGUUAGAAAUAUACGAGAUAAAUUAUAGACAAACUAUUCGAAUUAGGUCAUAUUGACGUAAUUUAAGAAUAAUCAUGAUUGUAUGUCAAAUCAAUCAACGUAACUACACUUUAUACUUUGUAAUUUGCAGUUAGUAAAAACCUGGAUAUUAACAAAUUAAUUAAGUGAAUAUAAAGCAGUUUUGAUCCGUCGAAUGGAAAAAAACAGUCAGAAUAGUGAGACAUGUAAUGUCGUGAUAAUUUGUAAAUUAAUUUAUAUUGCAUGAUCACAUGAAAAAUGUUCAGGUUUUUAUGGACUGCAAAAACUGAUUCGUUUUCUCGUCAUUUCUGAGUUGAAUCUCAGUUUUUUAUAUGUAUUAGUCAUGAUUUUUUAAAAUCAUCCUGGAAGCGAAGAGACUGAAAAGCUCGGUUUGAAACGGCGAAACUGAAUUUGGAAAAAUGUACAUAAUGUAUUAUACAACUUAAAUAAAUAUUUUUGAUUUUUAUAAAUCUUUA